ACGAUCUCGCCAUUGCUUCACGCACUAACCAAAUCAACCUGUCCAGCAAAAAGCCGUCCCAGGCCCAGUCCUGAAACCGUCGAUUCCGUUGUUGAGUUCUUCCAAUUUGUCAAUUCGAUUUCCGAUCGGGACUCCAAUAACCACCGGCCAAGAUCUCUGGUAAUAGUACAAUUUCGGUUCAUUUCAUUUUACAACUUCGAUAAACAUUUUAGAGUCUAGAUUCCGGUGGUGUUUCUGAUCCUAGCGAGAUAGAGAGAGCGGUGAUUUGGAUCCCAAUCUCGUCCUAAUGCAUCACACACCCAUUUUCGUUGGGUGUUUUAUCUUAUUAUGUUCGGUUCUUUGUAACUAUGCGGAUGCUGGAUCUGGUUGUUCCAAAACCAGUCCUCUCGUCGAUUUCGAGUCUGAAUUUAAAAUGGUACAGCACCAACUUAGAGGUUCCUUUAGGAUAAUUGAUGAUUGCUCUUUUAGGGUUUCGAAUUUUGAUAUGCUUUCUGGUACCGAUGUGCACUGGUGGGGUGCGAUCGCUCUUGAUUUUACUAAUUUAACGUCCGGGUUUGUUGUGUCUGAUCAAAAGCUUAAUGAGACCUACAAAAACGCUUCCUUCGUUGUGCGUUUGAAGAAGAAUGUUAAAUGGGAUCAGAUCCAUGUUAUCGCCGCCUGGGACCUUCCUGCUGCGUCGGAUUUUGGACAUGUUAUACUACAGAGACCGGAUAAUGGAUCCGCGGGUAGUCCCAACAUGGCUCCAUCUCCGUCGGAAGGUGGGAAUUCAGGGGAAGAGAUGGGUCCGAUUUCUGUUGAGCCCACCACGUUUGAGAAUUGCAAAGUUUUGGCUGAUAACUACAGGCUUAGAUGGACAUUGAAUACCAAGGAUAAGUUGAUUGACAUUGGGCUGGAGGCAGCGAUACCGAUGACAAACUACAUGGCAUUUGGGUGGUCAAAUCAGAACGAGAGUUCGAAUCUCAUGAUUGGGGCGGAUGUUGCUGUGAUGGGGUUCAAGGAGGAUGGAGUGCCGCUUGUGGAUGAUUUCUACAUCACAAAGCUCAGCGAGUGUAUGAUGAAUAAGGAUGGUACAGUGCAUGGUGUUUGUCCAGAUACAAUUUUUGAAGGUUCAGACCCUGUUGGUUUGGUGAACAAUACUAAGUUGAUUUAUGGGCACAGGAGAGAUGGGGUGUCGUUCCUUCGGUAUCGAAGGCCACUGGUUACAAUUGAUAAGAAGUAUGAUAUGCCAAUUAAUCACACUGAAAAUAUGACUGUUAUUUGGGCCGUGGGGCCAAUGAAACCACCUGAUGCAAUUAGGCCAUUUUAUCUUCCUCAAAAUCAUGGUGGGACUUAUGGGCAUCUGGUUCUUAAUGUUUCAGAGCAUGUGAAUGAUUGCUUGGGUCCGCUUGAUGCAGAAGACAAUGAGGAUCAAGAUGUUGUAAUAGCAGAUGCAAAUGCUCCUCUUGUUGUAACUAGUGGUCCGGCUUUGUAUUAUCCAAAUCCACCCAACCCUGCAAAAGUUCUCUACAUCAAUAAGAAGGAGGCUCCUUUACUGAGAGUUGAGAGGGGAGUGCCAGUGAAGUUCUCAAUACAAGCUGGACAUGAUGUUGCACUCUACAUUACUUCUGACCUGCUUGGUGGAAAUGCAACAUUGAGGAACAUGUCUGAGACUAUUUAUGCAGGAGGACCCGAAGCUGAAGGAGUACAAGCCAGCCCCAUGGAAUUAACUUGGCAACCUGAUAGGAAUACUCCUGACCAAGUUUUUUACCACUCAAUUUACCAACCAAAAAUGGGUUGGAAAGUGCAGGUUGUUGAUGGUGGUUUGUCAGACAUGUAUAACAACAGUGUUCUUUUGGAUGAUCAGCAAGUUACAUUUUUUUGGACGCUGUCAGAGGAUUCGAUAACUAUUGCAGCUCGUGGUGAGAAAAAGAGUGGUUAUCUUGCUAUUGGAUUUGGAAGUGGAAUGAUUAAUAGCUAUGCUUAUGUGGGUUGGAUGGAUGAAACUGGCAAAGGUAGAGUGAGUACCUAUUGGAUCGAUGGAAGGGAAGCUUUAAAUGUACAUCCAACAAAAGAGAAUUUGACUUUUGUGAGGUGCAAAUCAGAAAAUGGUAUCAUUACUCUGGAGUUUACCCGUCCCUUGAAACCAUCAUGUACUCAAGGUCAAGGACCAGAGUGUAAAAAUAUAAUUGAUCCCACCACUCCACUUAAGGUUGUAUGGGCAAUGGGUGCUACAUGGGUGGAUGAACAUUUAAGCGACAGAAAUAUGCAUUCUUCUCGAAGCAGUAGGCCUAUGCGGGUGCUGCUUAUGCGUGGUUCUGCAGAGGCCGAACAGGAUUUACAACCAGUAUUAGCUGUUCAUGGUUUCAUGAUGUUCCUUGCUUGGGGUAUUUUGUUACCUGGUGGGAUAUUGGCUGCUAGAUACUUGAAACAUGUGAAGGGUGAUGGUUGGUUUCAGAUUCACGUUUACUUGCAGUAUUCAGGUUUGUCAAUUGUCCUACUUGGCCUUCUUUUUGCUGUUGCCGAGCUUCGGGGUUUUUAUGUCAGCUCAGUACAUGUUAAGUUCGGGAUUGCUGCUAUUCUUUUGGGAUGUAUGCAGUCAGUAAAUGCAUACUUCAGACCGGCCAAACCAGCCAAUGGGGAAGUGGUUUCCCCCAAAAGGAUUUUAUGGGAGUAUUCACAUGUCAUUGUAGGCAGAUGUGCGAUUGUUGUUGGUAUUGCAGCACAGUUCACUGGAAUGAAGCAUCUAGGUGAUCGAUACGACAGUGAAAACGUCCAUGGCCUUAUUUGGGCUCUAAUUAGUUGGUUUAUGAUCAUGGCAUUGAUGGCUAUUUAUUUGGAAUACCGGGAGAGGCAGCGGAGGAGGGACAGAACAAUUGGAAGAAGCAAUUGGGUGCUUGGUAACGAUGAUGAUUCUGUUGAUCUUUUGGGUCCGACUAUUUCAAUUGAAGGAAAAGAAUCUCAUCCUUCAGGAACUAUGGAAGUUCAGUUAGAACCUUUAAGAAGAUAAAAAUUUCUUCUUUAAACCUAUUCUUUUUUAUAUGGAGUUGGUCCAUUAACCAGCUUUGAUUUUUGCAAAACGGAGAUAGCUGCUUUGGGUUUUGUUCUUGAAGCGUUCACUGAGAACAUGAAGGGGUUUGUUACUUGCCCAGACAUUGCCCCAUUUACUCUGCCUAAGAUCAUUGUCUCCUUACUUAUUUUGGAGUACAACAGGACACCUCUACACAUUUGAAAAUGAUAAUUUCUACUGUUUGUUUUUUGUCAGAAAUGAUAAUAACGCUGGCAAAUUUUGUCAUGUUUCAGCUACACAGUUAGGAGGUUUAUAGGUGUGUCCACUAUGGGCUUGAGAAGCAGAAAGUUUCAUUAAACGAAAUGAAAGCGAUAUUGGUUGUAUAUAUGAGACUAUCACCGAUACACUUGCAGUGAAGAUAUUUGCAAUUAACGUUUGUCAAAUCCAGUGCAGCUCCUAGUUCUUCCUUAUCUUUAUGUUUAAUUCCCCCAUACGCAAGGCACAUUUGAUGACUGUGGCUGCAAUACUUCUCCAAGUGUUAUUCCCGGGACUUUUGAACUUCAAAUUGACAGGUAUCUAGUGGAAACUUGACCUAAUAGAAUCUUUGUUUGAAAUGGUUCUCAUGUUUUCUUUUGACACUUGACAGUGUCACAUUUGGUGGAAGAGGUGAUAUUAUUCUGUCAUAUAUGGCCAUUGGCCCAUUGUUAUAUUUUUAUAUGAUUUUUUAGGCCAUUUAUUUGUCUGUUGAAGAAGGUGCAAGUCAAGCUUGUCGAAAAAGUGCAAGCGUUCUCUCGUGUGAUGUAUAGUUCCUUUUCAACUUUGAAUUUGUUCGUGUAGAUUUUGUAAUGAUAACUGUUGAAUUUCUUUUCCAUCCUUCUAUAGGUUAGCCUCCUAAAUGAUAUUGAUUACUGAUAAGA